ACAGCAGCAGCAGCAGCAGAUCCUGUCGUCUGGCGUGAGUGGCGCUGCUGGAGCUCCACCUUGCAGUAUUUUGGCACCGAUUCCAGGGUUCCAGAGUCGUCCAGCACACAGACAGCAGCGGGGUCAGGUCGUGAGGAGGUGGCAGCGGUCGUGACACAAGGAGCAGCGAGUGUUCAUCAAGAGUCGGCCCAGUAGGAGUGAGGCUUGAUGGAGGAGCUGCAGCCACUGUAUGUCGACCUCGCCUCAGAGGUUGACGACCCACAAGUGACUGUCAUCUCUAGCCAGUGCAUGUCCUGUGACAAGAUGGGCACUACACGUCUACUCAUGACCCGCAUCCCACAUCUGAAGGAAGUGAUCCUGACGUCCUUUGAGUGUGAGCACUGUGGGGAGAAGAACACCGGCUGCCAGAUGGGGCGGUGGCAGGAGAAGGGAGUGCAUUACCAGCUGCAGGUGAGGGACGAAAGGGAUCUGAGUCGCCAGAUUGUGAAGUCUGGUGAGGCAACUGUGUGUAUACCUGAAGUGGAGCUGGAGAUUCCCCCCAACAAGGAGAAGGGAGAGGUAACCACGGUGGAGGGCAUCUUGCAGCGCACCAUGGAGGGACUCAACCAGGACCAGUCAGCGCGCCGCCUGGAGGACCCCGACACGGCACUCAGGAUAGAGAACUUCAUCGAUGAGAUAGAACGACUCCUCACGCCCGGCCAACACUUCACCAUCAUAAUUGAUGACCCCACUGGGAACAGCUUUGUGGAGAAUCCUAAAACCCUCAAGGAGGAUCCACAGCUGAAGAGAACACUCUACAAGCGAACCAAAGAGCAGAACGAAAUUCUGGGCAUCACUGACGAAGAGGAGAAUGUGGAGGAGAAUGCAGAGACUGACAGGACACCAGAUGCGGAGGAGGAGGAAAGUGAGCUAUCCUUGACAGAGGAGACUACCAGCGAGGCCAAGGAUGACCCAGAGAGCCUCAAGGACGACCCGGAGAGCAUCAAGGACGAGGUGCUAGUGUUCUCAACACUGUGUGACCGCUGCUCCCGGCCAGCCAGCACCAACAUGAAGGUCACCAAGAUACCGCAUUUCAAGGAGGUGAUCAUCAUGGCCAUGACCUGUGAGGGAUGUGGGAACCGCAGCAACGAAGUGAAAAGUGGUGGUGGAGUGGAGAAGUUCGGCCGCCGUAUCACUCUCCAGAUCAAAGAACCAUACGACCUGGCCAGGGAUGUACUGAAGAGUGAGACCUGCGACCUGAGCAUCCCUGAGCUGGACCUGGUGGUGGGGGGCGGACUCAUUGGCGGGAAAUUCACCACACUGGAGGGCUUGCUUAAGGACAUCAAGGAGGACCUGGAGAGCAAUCCCUUCUUGGCCGGGGACGCAUCCAGGAAGGACAACCAGGAGAUCCUUGAUAAUGUCCUCUACGGCCUGGAUGAUGUGAUCAAAGGCAAGAGAGAGGUCACCUUCAUCAUGGAUGACCCAGCUGGGAACAACUACCUGCAGAACCUGUAUGCCCCAGACGACGACCCUCAAAUGACCAUUGAGGAGUACGAACGCACACAUGAACAGAACGAAGAGCUCGGCCUCAACGAUAUGAAAACGGAGAACUAUGAGGAGGAGGCCGCAGUGAUAGCCCCUCCACAGGCCUCAUGAUGCUCUCUGGAGGCCUGUUUGGAGUGGGAAGGGAGAGAGCAGUGUGAGGAGAGGAAAAGGGUGAAUGUGUACAGGCUGUGGGAGGGAGGAAUGUCUGUGUGACGAGUGAUAUGGACGUGAUGGCUGUGUGUAUUCUUGGUGAGGGGACAGAUUAUUUAGGGAGCGAGAUAGAGAAUUAAAUAUGGUAAGAAAAGUGACAUAAAUGGACACGAGGAUUAGUUUAAGUAAAUCAGUUGGCAAGUCAGACAUAGGUCAUCAGAUUUACAGUGCACACAUUAAACACUGUUACUCAUAAAGCACCUUUAUUCUCUAGCGUGUGCAGAUCUAAAAAUAGAAGGGUGAUCUUGUUAAAGGAAUGCCUAUGUAUUCUUGAAUGCAGAGUUUCAAUUAUUAAUAUUGCAAGUAAUACCCAAAACUUGUAUUUUCUGGCCUAGCAGUCAGAUAAGUUUAAUACUAAACACUGGUAACAUAUGACUGUGCUGAAUCAAUUUCUAUUUAAGCUCUCAAAUAAUUUCAAAAUAUUCAUAUAUGUCACCAUUUGAAACUAUUCUAGCUCAUGAUUUUAUUUAUUUUUUCCCUAUCUCUACUUUGGUACUGGAGCCACACACUGAUUAUGAAGUGGUUGGUACACCCAACAGUUACACACUUCCUGCCAUCAUUUGAAGAAAAGGGUUGUUAGUCCUUCACUGCUGUUCGCUGAUGUCCGGUUUUCCCCUAAUAGGCUCUCCUAUACAUCAACCAGCCUUUAAUUAUCUUCUAUCUUUGUACCAGGCUGACAUCUCUACAAAAGUAUGUCUAUGCAUUGCUACAUAACUUAAAAACUUGUAUGGUUGUGACUCAGUCAAGCAGAAUCUAGUAAGAUCACACUUAUUACAUCACUGCCCACUGACUUUAUCAAGACGGCCACACACUCACCUGUUACAAUCCUGAGAUUUUGUCAUGGAACAUAUGAAAUAUAAAGAUUGCUUGAUUAAAUAGAUAAAUAAAAAUAUUGACAUCAAAACAUUUCUAUACUGCAUUCUUAGUUAAUUUCUAAAGCUUAAAACAAGUGGCACUUUAAUUUCUCAAAAAUAAAUAAAUAAAAUAAAUAAAUAAAUAAAUAAAAAUCUUACUGCACAGAUAUCUUGAUUUUGAUCUUGAAUUUGGGAAGAUUUAAUUGACUUUAAUGAUUUCUUGUGUGAUAUUCUUUUCAAUCAGUUAUGUUGUACUCAAGCUGAAGGAACAUCUUGACUUGACAGUAUAGCACGUUAUAAGAGCAAUAUAUAGAAGCUCUUCUGUCUUGAAGAAGUCGAGUCCAUUAAGAAGUGUUCACAAGAAGGAAUAACUUACUGAUGUGUCAAUGUUACAGUGAAACAGUGACAAUUACAGUAAAGGAAUGCCACACCACAAGUCACAGACAUUAAAUGACUAUGACUUAGUAUUGCAAUUGUGUCAACUAACAAAAAUCCAGUUCAAAAUUCAAUGGGAGGGAAAUGUUGACAACUCCUCCGCAAGAGCCUCAACACCACUGUAUUUUAUGAAGGCACUUAUUGUCAAUGUGAAAAUUAAAAUAGGUGUGCAUUAAAUAAAAGUUAUUCCUUUUCAAGUUUUGAUAUGAAGUGCAACAUCACUAAAAAGCUACACCAUGUUGGUGGUUGGGUCGUACUUUUUGAUAUACUGCUUCCUUGUAACUCCAACCUCCUAACUCUGACUUGCUUUCUUGUAACUCCUACUUCCUAAUUGCAGCUUACUUACUCUUACUCCUGACUCUCAAAACUUGCAUGAGCUAGAAAUUCUAGGUUAUAAGAAAGAACAGUUUAUGCGGCACCCUCACCAAUGUUCCUUAACAUUGUAUAUACAAUAUCAUACAAACCAAACAUUUGCCAAGUAGCAUCAUGUGUAGCUCAGUAACUCAUAAUCCACAGGUGGCUGUUGGUUCACUGGUGAUUUCAUGAUGCCACUUGUAAGCCUCUGCUGAGAUGUAGCUCAUUUCUGAAACCAUGAAAAAUGAGCAGUGUGUAGAGAUUGACUUAUCUGUAAACAAGACAUCAAGAUGUUUAUCCUCCUAUUAUUAAACAAUGCAUUCCCUGAAGAACCUUGAACUUAGUACUAAUUCAAUAACUUGCUGAGAUGAUUGUUCCUUGCAGACUGUGAUUGGUGGAAGAGAAAAGUUUCACUUGAUAAUCUGACCCUCAGAUUCAAGAUGAAGUCAAGAAUAGGAUUAAAGUUCUUAGAUAGAUAAUAUGAGAUUCUUGGUUUCCUUUGUCAUGUAGCACAGAGUUGGGGCAGUGUUCUUGGCACCACUGUCACCCUGAACUAAUGAUCCCCAUGUAUGAUGCUUGAAAGAAGCUUAACAUUAACAGCUGCUUUAAUCUUUGAAGUGAGACAUUACUUGAUUUGUGUGGGCAAGACAAAUAAUUGCAAUAUGGUGGUGAGAGGAAAUGAUGAAGCAGAGUACCACUUUUUAACUGCUAGUUUCUCAGAAGACAACAGUUAAAAUCUUAAUAGAAUAAAAUACUUCUGUUCCAGUCUUGAGUUUCCUCUCAUCACCACAUUCAGAUAUUUGAUUUGUGUUGAGUAUAUUCAUUAAACCAUCCUCUGCCUGGUGCUUCCUGUCCAGUGUUCACUAAGCCAUGGUCUCAUUAUGCAUUCUAGGACCAUAUUCUAAAAUGUUUUGGAGUCUUCUCUUAAAACUACUUUUAACAGGCUGUAGUGAAAGUUACUGGGGUUUUCCAGUAUGUUUUAAUGAUUCUAGUGAUAGUUAAACAAGGAUUCUGCAUCAUCAAUUUAAAAAAAUGUGAGAAUCUGACUAAUAAUCUCUGUGGUCUUUAAAAGCAGUCUUGAUGAAAGCACCAAGCAUUUAAAGAAUAUGAGCCCUGGUUAUACUUCUAAUGUACACACGCCUACGACACAACCACCAAAUACGCCAGAAUUAUGUUUUAUGUACCUCAGAGUAUCAUGCUUCAGUAGUCAUCUAGCCAUUAUAUCACAACCAGAAAGGAAAAAGCAUUCAUUCACAUCUGUUAUGUAUAUUUGUUGUUUAUCUGUUCUAUGAAAUAUAUAAUGUCAUUCAUGUAUCAUGGUCAGUAAUAAAUUCAUGUCUCAUACAA